UUUAUUCGCUUUCUUAUCUCACCCACCCCGCCUCCCCUGUCACUAACAGGUGGGCCCUCGCUGACAGAACCCUCUCCAGCGCCUCUCUCUCUUUUCCUCGAGUCACCACCAGAAAGAGCAGCGGCGGCGUCCGGCGGCGCCGCGGCGAGCGCGAAGGAGGACAGGGACGAGCGGCAGGCCGGCGACCAGCAGCACCCCUCUCUUCUCCGUUGGUGAUUCCUCCCCAGGUUGGAAGGAUGAGGAAGGGACUUCAUCCCCAGAUGCAGUGGAUCUCGUACGUGACGCAGAGCGGCAGGCUGAUCAACAUCAUGAUGACCAAGGUGAACCACACCGGCAAAGUGUACCACAUGAGGGCGAAGCGGCAGAUGGCUCAGAGCCUGGGGCAGAUCGCCAAGUUCAAACGCCGAUACGAGCAGGAAGCGCCGGAGGAGAACCAAGACAAGUAGGGCAGUGCUGUUUGCAAAGGAGAUAUACAUUCUCCUUAGCCUUAAGCUGCAUCAUCAGAUUUUAGUUAAUGAACUUUGUUCGUGGAAUUUUGUUUCCAUUCUCAGGGAUAAUGCUGUUUAAACCUCUGCAAGUUCGUGUCACUUGCAUGUUGGGAUUCUCAGAGCCAUAAAACAAAAGGAAAUUUUGAAGCCAA